AUGCUGCCUUCCAUGGGCCUCCCCAGCCUGUCCUGGAUGCUGCUGUCCUGCCUGAUGCUCCUGUCUCAGGUCCAAGGUGAAGAUUCCCCAGCAGACAUGCCCUCUGCACGGAUCAGCUGUCCCAAAGGCUCCAUGGCCUAUGCUUCCUACUGCUAUGCCUUGUUUAUAACACCCAAAACCUGGAUGGAUGCAGACGGCUUGGAGCCCAAUGCUGGAGGAUGGGAGUGGAGUAGCUCUGAUGUGCUCAAUUACGUUGCCUGGGAGAGAAACCCCUCCACCAACUCAUACCCUGGCUACUGUGGGAGCCUGUCAAGAAACACAGGAUAUCUGAAAUGGAGAGAUUAUAACUGUUAUGUGAACUUACCCUAUGUCUGCAAGUUCAAGGACUAG